CUUUCUUCUCUGUUCCUGCCUCCACUCCUCUGGAAACUCCAAAACCCAAAACCGCUCGAGCUCGCCGGAGAAGAAAGCGAGAUCGCUCGGCGGUCGCCGGCCGGCCGCGAGUCUCGCCGUCGGGGGUUCAGCUGAUCGUCUCCGGCUCCGAAUUGCAGUCGCUCGCCGCUCGUUGUGACCCGAAUCUCGCUUCUGAGGGGUCGCGUCGAUCCGUUCCCCCCCUUCCAGGAGCCAUGACGGAGACCGAAUCCAGGAAGCUUCUGAUCCUGUACGCGACUCAGACCGGAAACGCCGUGGACGCGGCGGAGCGCAUCGGCCGCGAGGCCGAGCGCAGAGGCUGCCCCGCUUCGCUCCUUUCCAUGGACGAAUAUGACGCCAGUUUGUUGCCUCUCGAGGACACUGUCGUGUUCGUGGUUUCUACGACGGGCCAGGGGGAUCCGCCAGAUUUCAUGAAGGUAUUUUGGAGGUUUCUGCUGCAGAGAAACCUGAACCGGCAUUGGUUAGAGGGACUGCGUUAUGCCGUGUUUGGGUUAGGUGAUUCUGGUUACCAGAAAUACAAUUUUGUUGCCAAAAAACUUGAUAAGAGACUUUCGGAUCUUGGAGCGCAGGCCAUUGUUGAAAGAGGUUUAGGGGAUGACCAGCAUCCUUCAGGGUAUGAAGGUGCUCUGGACCCUUGGUUGUCAUCCUUGUGGAGAAUGUUAAAUCAGAAGAAUCCAAAGUUAUUUCCUGAUGGUCCAGAUUAUGUGAUAUCAGAUGAGAAAUUUCUGGAUCUACCAAAGGUUCAAAUCAGAUACCAUGCUGCUGAUGAAGUGAAUCCGCAAUAUUUAUUUGGUUCAGAGAUUGAAAUCGAGAAGGCUCGCUCUAUGUCUCCUGGAAGAUUCUCUGGUCGCCAAACAAGACCGGAUUGCUUUCUUAAAUUGGUAAAAAAUCAUUGCUUGACUAAGGCAGGCUGUGGAAAGGAUGUGCGUCACCUCGAAUUUAACUUUGAGUCAUCUGCUAUUGAAUAUGAUGUAGGUGAUGUUUUAGAAAUUCUUCCUGGUCAAGAUCCUGAGGCGGUAGAUGCUUUCUUGGAGCAUUGUCAUUUGGACCCUGAAUCAUUCAUUACGGUUCAUCCAAGAAAAGAGGAUAAUCGAGUUCUAGCCAAUGGAAGAAGUGCCUCAAUAGUCCCCAUCAAAUUAAGGACUUUCGUUGAGUUGGCAAUGGAUAUUUCAUCAGCAUCACCGCGACGUUACGCCUAUCAGGUAAUGAGUUAUUUUGCUGCAGCCCAACAUGAAAAGGAAAGGCUUCAAUAUUUUGCAUCAGCUGAAGGAAGAGAUGAUCUAUACCAAUACAACCAAAAAGAACGAAGAACUGUUUUGGAGGUAUUACAAGAUUUUCCUUCCGUACAACUGCCGCUCGAGUGGUUGGUCCAGUUGAUCCCUCCAUUAAAAACAAGGGCUUUCUCCAUUUCAUCUUCUCCUUCAGCCCAUCCUAAUCAAGUCCACUUAACUGUGAAUGUUGUGUCAUGGAUGACACCUUUUAAGAGGAAUCGAGUUGGGCUCUGCUCAAUGUGGCUGGCCAAUCUUGAUCCUAAUCAGGUAGGUGCUUGUAUUCCGGCAUGGUUUCAGAAAGGUUCACUUCCUCCCCCACCACCAUCGCUACCUCUCAUCCUCAUUGGACCUGGAACUGGAUGUGCACCAUUUCGUGGUUUUGUCGAGGAAAGAACCAUUCAAAGUCGGUCUAUGUGGACUGCGCCCAUCAUUUUCUUCUUUGGUUGCCGAAAUGAAGAAAAUGAUUUUCUAUACAGAGAUUUCUGGUUAGAUCAUUCACGAAAUGACAGGGUUCUCUCUGAUGCCAAGGGCGGGGGCCUUUUUGUUGCUUUUUCGAGAGACCAACCUCAGAAGAUAUACGUGCAAGAUAAGAUACGGGAACACAGCCAAACGGUCUGGAAUUUGUUGAACUCGGGAGCUGCCGUCUACGUCGCAGGUUCUUCAACCAAAAUGCCCUCUGAUGUUUGGUCAGCCUUCGAAGACAUCGUAUCUAAAGAAGGUGCGGUUCCGAGGGAAUCUGCUGUUAGGUGGCUUAGGGCACUGGAAAAGGCCGGUAAGUAUCAUGUUGAAGCUUGGUCUUGAAUUUGCGCCUACUCUUCCUCAGACCAACGUUGGUGGAGGAAACGAGGAUGACCCUACCUUGUGCGGAAGAGCUACUUUUCGGGAACUUACUGUUUUUCGACCUCCAUGAAAUAAUACACAUUCAAUUGAUUAGGAAGUCCAUCUUUUCCUGGCUGUCUUGUAAUUUGUUGCUCGAUCCUUCUUACCCAUUACGAAGGGCUUAUGGAUGUUGGAAUCAUUGUCGUGAAAAGAAAGAGUGGACUCGCGUCGAAAUAUUGUUGAUUUCUGAUUUAAGAUGUCCCAUGAGACUUUGAAUU